GGUGUGGCCGCCCCUCCGCCUCGGCCCCGGCCCCGGCCCCGGCCCCGAUCCGUCCCCGCCGGGCCCGAGGAGCGGCCAGAGGGAGCGGACAGCCGGGAGUUGGAUCCCCCAGAACGCUGCCCCCGGGGAUGCCCGACCCCGGUCCCGGAAGCCCAGCGGGAGCCCGGCGCUAAAGGAACCAUGGCCUUGCCCUUCCAGAAAGAGCGGGAGAAGUACAAGAACCUCGACGAAGACGAACUUCUGGGCAAACUCUCCGAAGAGGAACUGAAGCAGUUGGAGAAUGUGCUCGACGACUUGGACCCUAAGAGUGCCCUCCUCCCGGCAGGUUUCCGGCAGAAGGAUCAGACGUGUAAGGCGGCCACGGGCCCUUUCGACCGGGAGCACCUCCUCUCGUAUCUGGAGAAGGAAGCGCUGGAGCACCAGGACAGGGAGGACGUGGUCCCCUUCACCGGAGAGAAGAAAGGAAAAGUCUUUAUCCCCAAAGAAAAACCUGUAGAAAGUCACGUGGAGGAGAAAGUGACUCUCGAUCCAGAACUGGAAGAAGCCCUGGCUAGUGCCUCUGAUACCGAACUCUAUGAUCUGGCAGCUGUCCUCGGCGUGCACAAUUUAGUCAACAACCCCCGGUUUGAUGAGGAAGAAGUCAGCAGGACGGGGGGCAAGAGCACUGUGAGAAAUGUGGUCAAGGGGGAGAAGGUCAAGCCGGUUUUUGAGGAGCCCCCCAACCCCACAAACGUGGAGGCCAGUUUGCAGCAGACAAAAGCUAAUGAUCCCAGCCUCGUGGAAAUCAACCUCAACAAUAUCAAGAACAUCCCCAUCCCCACCCUGAAGGAGUUUGCCAAGGCACUGGAGACCAACACCUACGUGACCAAGUUCAGCCUGGCCGCUACCCGCAGCAACGACCCUGUAGCCAUGGCUUUUGCAGACACUCUGAAAGUAAACAAGACGCUGAAGAGUCUGAACCUGGAAUCCAAUUUCAUCACUGGAGCCGGGAUCCUGGCCCUGGUCAAUGCCCUGAAAGAGAACGAGACGCUGACCGAGAUCAAGAUCGAUAACCAGAGGCAGCAGUUGGGAACGGCGGUAGAAAUGGAAAUUGCCCAGAUGCUAGAGGAGAACUCCAUGAUCCUCAAGUUUGGAUACCAGUUCACCAAACAAGGGCCACGCACCAGGGUUGCGGCCGCGAUCACGAAGAACAACGAUCUAGUGCGCAAGAAGCGAGUGGAGGGCGAUCGGCGCUAGGCCGGGGUCCGGAGCGCCGGAGCCCCGCUUCAGGCAGCCGUUUGGCGGGAGGGGGGGGUCCGCCUCAAGCCUCCGCCGUUCUCCCAGGGAAGACGCCGGAUGCCGCCUGAUUCAAGGACGUCGAUCCCGUUCAUCGCCCUCCUCCCCCGCCUUCUGCCUACGCGACUCCUCCCUUCUGUUUUCUUUCCAGUGCCACGACCUCAUCUCAGA